AAACUUUUGCCGUUCGAGUGAGAGUUUUGUGAACGCUUUAAUUCUCAAGAAUAUAUUGAAUACUUUGAAAAUCCAUCAACACUGAUAAUCGUGAAGUUAAUUGCUUCAAAUAGAAUAUCAUUAAAACUAACUGUUGCAUAGCAAACUAUUGUGAUAAGCACGUCAUACCUUUUAUUAUCAAAUCAUUUGUUCAGUGUCAAACCGAUAGGUGCUAACUUCUUUGAUCCUCAAGCAGAAACUCGUUUUUAUGACGCGGAAAAUGAGGAAGUCUCCCAUUGUCAUCAAUUUGGUUGUUACUAUUACCAUAGCUGUUUGUGUAACGGAUGAAAAGUUCUUGGAGGGUUUGAGACACAGUUUCAAUUUUUUCGAUGUGAAUAACGAUGGUUAUAUAUCUAAAAAAGACGUUGAAGACUUUUUCGAUGACAGAUCAAAAACAAGCGCUUUGGGAAUGUCAACUAAGGAUUUGAAUUUGAUGAAGGCUGGAUUGCUUGGAACUAUCAAAGAAUGUGGUGGUGAAAGAAUUAACUGGGAACAAUAUGUGAAGUUUAACACCAAGGGUGGUGAUUCAAGUUUUACUAUGGAAGUAGUUACACACGUGCAAGGAAGAGAACCAGUAACUGUCGAAAAGAUGGCAGAAUUGUGGAACGUGGAUAAAGAGAGACUCAUGAGAUACUUGAAAAAAGGAAGCUUACAAGAUCUGGUCUCAGCUGAAGAAGUUCUUCAUUACCUGAACAACAAUGAGUGAGGUAUACCGCUUGAAAAUUGAAGAUGAUUUUCAACAGGGAUGUUUUCUCAAUAAUAUUAUUGCUUGAAUUCAAUAGAUUGUGAAUAACCUUCUGAAUAAAUGAAUUAUGAAAACUCAAACAAA